GCUUGUAUAUUUACGGUACGUACUGUGCUUUCUUUAAUACCUACAACCAUCUUUAUAAGAAGAGGCUUACUAACUGAUAUAUCCUUUUUCCUUUCAUUCUUUCCUUCUUCGUACUGCAUUCAACUCGGAUGUGGUUUGAAGAAGGCUACUAGAAACUUAAGGAAUUUAUUCCUUUCCCAGGGUUGUCAUUCCAGUCAGUUCCAGCUCAUGUGGAUGGUGUUCCUGCAGAAGUCCUGCUCAACCGGAGUUAUCCUCGCCCUUUCCAUGUCCUGGAUCCCCCACCGGUUGUAGUCAGUGUCA